AUGAUUACAUCUUCAUCACUGUUGAAUAGGAAAUUAUCCUCAGAACAACUUUUGUAUAGAAAACGAGACCUAAUCAAUGUCACAUUAGCAUCACAGGGGAUAGUGGUGGGAAGUCGACGAGAUCAAGGGAAACAACACCAGCAGCAAGGUCAUCAUGGCCAGCAACAACGAAGUGGCGAAGUGUUGGUAUCGAAUGAUGAUAGUGAAGAAUUGGAGAAAGCCGAUGGGUCCGGUUCUGGCUUACUGGGCUUUUGUUAUAGUUGUUUUGGUAAAGACACACUGAGGAACUCCUCCUCAGAAAAGAAGAUUCCCCAGUUUAUAUCAUUCAAGAACGUAUUGCAUGUCGAAACAUUGGGCUCAGAAGAGAAUCAUGAGGUGACAUUAACCUUUGUUACACCCAACCAUGAAGAUUACAUCAAAAAGGCAUCGAAAUUGACAAUUCACAAUAUUAAAGUGCAAGUGCAAAACUAUGAUCCACAAAAGCAUUCACAUGAUACUGUCGCCAACUAUAUUUUGAACAAGGCAUAUCAUUAUAAAGUGCUUCAACAACCUUCAGUAUUGGUUUUGAUUAAUCCUCAUGGUGGUCAAGGUCACGCGGUGAAGAUUUACAACGAUGAUAUUAAACCAAUUUUACGCGCUGCUCGUUGCAACAUUACCUAUCAAGAGACAAAUUAUUCUGGACAUGCCACUGACAUUGCUAGAGAUUUAAACAUUGAUGAAUACGAUGUAAUUUUGUGUUGUUCUGGUGAUGGAAUACCUCACGAAGUGAUUAAUGGAUUUUAUCAACGUAGAGAUAAUGGUGUUGCUGCAUUCAACAAAUUGAUCAUCAGUCAAUUACCAUGUGGAUCAGGAAAUGCCCUUACGUUGAGUACAUUGGGAGGAUCAGGUGAAGCACAAAUUGCCACUUGGCUUAUGCUUAAAUCGAAACCAAGUAAAUUGGAUUUGAUGACGGUGACUCAAGGCACUGGAGACAAACAAGUUACCAAAUUGUCAUUUUUAAGUCAAUGCUAUGGAAUCGUUGCUGAUUCAGAUAUUGGAACCGAACACUUACGAUGGCUUGGUGCCAUACGAUUUGAACUUGGGGUUAUGCAAAAAGUGUUCACAUUUGCUAAAUACCCAUGUGAUUUAUACGUUGAAGCAUGGACUAAAGAUAAAUCACUCAUUGCUAAGCAUGUUGAACUGCAUUUAGCCAAUUCCAGUAAUGGAAACAACAAUAAUGAAUUACGUGUUGUUACAAAAGAGGAUUUACAACUACGCCAACCAUCAUUGGAUGAACCAGUACCUUCACAUUGGAAAACUGUACCCCAGUCUAUCACUGACAAACUCAAUGUGUUUUAUGUGGGGAACAUGCCUUAUGUAUCAGCCGAUGCUCAAUUUUUCCCUGCUGCAUUACCCGAUGACGGACACAUGGAUAUGGUAAUCACCGAUACAAAUGCAUCGAUACUAAACAUUGUUCAAAUUAUGUUGAAUGUGGAAAAGGGCACCCACGUUAAUGAUGAAAAUGUCAUACACGCAAAAGUUAAAUCUUAUCGAUUAGUACCGAAGUUGCCAAACCCUGAUCAUCAUUACAUAUCUGUUGAUGGUGAGAGUUUCCCCGUUGAAGCUUUACAAGUUGAAGUUUUACCUAGUAUCAUGACUGGGUUGUUGUACGAUGGGAAAUUCACCGAAACUGUAUUGACUGAAUAA